AUGGAGAACAUGGCCCACUUGGAAUCCAGAUCCCCAGCCUCCCCCAGGAUCAGGAAGAAGCUCUCCCGGAGGUGCUUUCUGAAGACCCCACUGAUUGAGGGCUCCCUCACAGUAUACUUGCCAGGUAUGAAUGGGACAUUUGAAGGGGAGUACACAGACUCCUUCACUAAAGCUCUGACCAAGAACUGCAUCAUAGUUCUCAUCUGCAUCGCCAUCAACUUCAUUAAUAGCGUCCUUAUUCACACGUUCCAAAAAAAUGAGAUUUUCUUCACCAAACCACGUUACAUCCUUUUCAUCCACAUGGUCAUCAACGACAUGCUACAUCUGAUUCUGACCGUGCUCGUUUUGACCAUCACCUAUGUCUUCUACAUCCUGCCUGUCCCCAUGUGCAUGGUCUUCAUCCUCUUCAUCAUCUUUACAACUGAAAACACCCCCCUCAACCUGGCCUGCAUGGCUCUAGAAUGCUACAUCGCUAUCUGCUACCCCCUCCAUCACACCAAAAUCUGCACUGUCAAACGAACCCAUGUUCUGCUUGCCUUGAUUUGGCUUAUAACUGUGAUUUCUGGCAUUUCUGAUCUAUUCAUUACACUGGCAUCUUCCCCAAUUAACUUUUUCUACACUAAAGUGGUUUGCCUUCGUACUUCUGUUUUCCCGAGUCCAGUCAUAGCACAAAAACGUAAUUUCUCCUACAUAGUUCUCUUGUUUGUUGUUUGGUUUGUAAUUGUGUAUACGUACUUCAAAAUUCUCAUCAGCGCAAAGACGGCAAGCAAGGACAUAAAGAAAGCUCGGAACACAAUUAUUUUACAUGGUUUUCAGGUGCUAAUGUGCAUGACAGUCUACGCAACGCCAACAUUAAGAGAAAGGCUAAUCCAACUGUUCCCUAAGAGCGGUCCAGAUAUACAGUUUAUUGUUUAUGUUACUGUCCAGGUUAUGCCGAGAUCACUAAGCCCCAUUGUGUAUGGCAUAAAAGACACAACUUUCAGAAAACACAUGAAGGCCAAUCUGCAAGUGUAUACACGUGGAAGUCCAGUUAAAAAUCUAUGA